AUGGAACCCCCGGAAGAGGCCGAAGAGACACCGCAGACAAAGCUUGAGUCCGAGAAGCCUACUCUGGUUUCUUCCAGGAUUGACAAAGAUGUAAGUGAUCCACCAACACCACCAUCAUUUGGACUGGCUUACAGCAAUUUCCAAGUUGACUCUUUUAAAUUGAUGGAGCUUCUUGGACCAGAGAAGGUUGAUCCUGCAGAUGUAAAGCUCAUUAAGGACAAGCUCUUCGGGUAUUCUACAUUAUGGGUGACCAAAGAAAAGCCUUUUGGAGACCUUGGUGAGGGUGUUCUUUUUGUUGGGAAUUUAAGGGGGAACAGAGAAGAAGUGUUUGCCAAACUCCAAAGUCAGCUGGUUGAGGUCACUAGGGACAAGUACAACCUUUUUAUGGUGGAAGAACCUAACUCAGAAGGUCCAGACCCACAUGGAGGGCCACGUGUUAGCUUUGGCCUGCUGCAGAAAGAAGUCUCAGAACCAGGGCCAACAACACUUUGGCAAUAUAUCAAUAGUCUUCCACCAGAGGUGGUGAAAUAUUUCAUAGAUCCAAAUGCAGUUGAGGCACCAGAUAUGGAGCUGUUAUUCCCAUUUGUUGAUUCUUCUUUGCCCUUAGCAUAUGGUGUGUUGGGGGUUCUGCUAUUCCAUGAAGUUGGGCAGUUUCUGGCUGUAUUUCCCAAAAAAGUAACACUUAGCAUUCCUUACUUCAUUCCUAAUAUCACCCUCGGAAGUUUUGGUGCUAUUACUCAGGUAGGAUCAUUUAUAAAAAAAUUUAAUGUUCUUUUUGUUCCUUUCUUGAGGAUAUGCUCUUGCUACUCUUCUCUUGUUACUUUGUGUGUGUUUCAAUGA